AUGCAGGACCUGCUGGAGUUUCAGGAGAGACCAGAGUCUGUUCUCUCCUGUGUCUUCCUCAGUUACCAUGAGGCCCAGGAGGAGCUGCUGGAGCUCCGGCAGUUCCAUGCUCUGGAGGAGCCUGGCAGUCCAGGCAGUUCCAUGCUCUGGGCCCCGGCAGUCAGGCAGAACAUGCCUCAGAGGCCCAGAGGCAGUCCAGCAGUUCUAGUCCAGCAGUUCCAUGCUAGUGCCCCGGCAGUCCAGCAGUUCUAUGCACUGGCCCCGGCAGUCCAGCAGUUCCAUGCUCUGGGCCCCGGCAGUCCAGCAGUUCCAUGCUCUGGGCCCCGGCAGUCCAGCAGUUCCAUGCUCUGGGCCCCGGCAGUCCAGCAGUUAUGCUCUGGGCCCCGGCAGUCCAGGAAGUUGGAGCAGCAGUAUUCUCAGAGCUAUAAGCAGGAGAAGUUGGAGCAGCAGUAUUCUCAGAGCUAUAAGCAGGAGAAGCUGGAGCAGCAGUAUUCUCAGAGCUAUAAGCAGGUCUCCAUGUUAGAGGAUGACCUGGGACAGACCAGAGGAAUCAAGGAACAGCUUCAUAAAUAUGUCAGAGAACUGGAGCAGGCCAACGACGACCUGGAGAGAGCCAAGAGGGCGACCAUCGUAUCUCUGGAGGACUUUGAGGGUCGUCUGAACCAGGCCAUAGAGAGGAAUGCCUUCCUGGAGAGUGAGCUGGAUGAGAAGGAGUCCCUACUGGUCUCAGUACAGCGACUAAAGGAUGAAGCCAGAGACCUGAGACAGGAGAUGGUGGUGAGGGAGAGGACUGCAGACAGGAUGUCAGCCCCCAGCUCUCCUACCUUGGACGUGGACAAGAUGGACUCUGCUGUCCAGGCCUCCCUGUCCCUGCCGGUCACCCCUGUAGGGAAGGGCAUGGAACACCCGUUCAUCACCCCGAAAUCAUCAGUGUUAACAAAUGGCUGUGGGCCUGGCGGCUCACCUCUGACCCCAUCAGCAAGAAUCUCUGCUCUUAAUAUCGUUGGGGACCUUCUGAGAAAAGUGGGGGCGCUGGAGUCCAAGCUAGCUGCAUGUAGGAACUUUGCCAAGGACCAGGCGGUGAGGAAAACCUACUCCACGUCGUCCACCAACAUGAUCACUGGGAACGGAAACCUCAUCAACAGCAACGCCACCAAGUUCUCCCACUCACUCCACACCACCUACUACGACAAGACGUGA